GAGAGAAAAUGCCUUCCAGGGAAUAAUAUGUGGAAGACACUGGACUUCAUGUUUCCAACAUAGGAACAGAACCAGGCUGGGAAUCUCCACUUCUGAGAGAAUGCUGGGAAUCUGCAGAGGGCGACGGAAAUUCCUGGCUGCCUCUCUGACUCUUCUUUUUGUUCCUGCUAUUACCUGGAUUUACCUGUUUGCUGGGAGCUUUGAAGAUGGGAAGCCAGUGUCAUUGUCGCCAGUUGAAUCUCAGCCCCACAGUCCUCGCUACACAGCCACAAGUCAACGAGAAAGAGAGAGUCUGGAAGUACGCAUGCGGGAAGUGGAAGAGGAAAACCGGGCACUUCGCAAGCAGCUCAGUUUGGUGCAGAGCCGGAGCUUGUCCCAUCGUCGUGGCAAUCACUCAAAAACUUAUUCUAUGGAGGAAGGGACUGGCGAUAGUGAGAGCUUGCGGGCUGGCAUUGUGGCAGGAAACAGCUCUGAGUGCGGACAGCAGCCGGCAGUGGAGAAGUGUGAGACAAUCCAUGUCGCCAUUGUCUGUGCUGGGUACAAUGCCAGUCGGGAUGUUGUCACACUCGUCAAAUCAGUCCUGUUUCAUAGACGGAACCCACUACACUUCCACCUCAUUGCAGAUGCAAUUGCAAAACAGAUCCUGGCGACCCUCUUCCAGACAUGGAUGGUCCCUGCGGUUCAGAUAGAUUUCUAUGAUGCAGAUGAGCUGAAGUCUGAAGUAUCCUGGAUACCCAACAAACAUUAUUCUGGGAUUUAUGGGCUGAUGAAGCUGGUUCUGACAAAGACUCUUCCUGCCAACCUUGAACGAGUCAUUGUACUUGACACAGACAUUACCUUUGCUACAGACAUUGCUGAGCUAUGGGCUGUCUUUCACAAGUUCAAAGGCCAACAAGUUCUUGGUUUGGUGGAAAAUCAGAGUGACUGGUAUCUGGGAAACCUUUGGAAGAAUCACCGCCCCUGGCCAGCUCUUGGAAGAGGUUACAACACAGGGGUCAUUCUGCUACUUCUGGACAAAUUACGCAAGAUGAAAUGGGAGCAGAUGUGGAGACUCACAGCUGAAAGAGAGCUAAUGAGCAUGCUCUCCACUUCAUUGGCUGACCAGGAUAUCUUCAAUGCAGUCAUCAAACAGAAUCCCUUUCUAGUGUACCAGCUUCCUUGUUUCUGGAAUGUGCAGUUGUCUGACCACACCCGUUCUGAACAGUGCUACCGAGAUGUGUCUGAUCUUAAGGUGAUCCAUUGGAACUCACCCAAAAAGCUGAGAGUGAAGAACAAGCAUGUUGAAUUUUUCCGCAACCUCUACCUGACAUUCCUAGAAUAUGAUGGGAACUUGUUGAGGCGGGAACUCUUCGGCUGCCCCAGUGAGGCUGAUGUCAACAGUGAAAAUCUCCAGAAGCAACUAUCUGAACUAGAUGAAGAUGACUUGUGCUACGAAUUUCGACGGGAGCGUUUCACUGUUCACCGGACUCACUUGUACUCCCUCUGACACUACGAAUAUGAAUCUGCCCCAGACAACACAGAUGUCACACUGGUGGCUCAGCUCUCAAUGGACAGACUUCAGAUGCUUGAAGCCAUCUGCAAACACUGGGAAGGACCAAUCAGCUUGGCGCUCUAUCUUUCCGAUGCUGAGGCCCAGCAGUUUCUGCGCUAUGCCCAAGGCUCCGAAGUCCUCAUGAGUCGGCACAAUGUUGGGUACCACAUAGUAUACAAAGAGGGCCAGUUCUACCCAGUGAAUCUCCUGCGGAAUGUGGCAAUGAAACAUAUCAGCACACCCUACAUGUUCCUGUCGGACAUUGACUUCUUGCCUAUGUAUGGACUCUACGAGUACCUCAGGAAAUCUGUUGUCCAGCUGGACUUGGCCAAUACAAAAAAGGCUCUCAUUGUCCCUGCCUUUGAGACCCUUCGCUAUCGCCUCUCUUUUCCUAAGUCAAAAGCAGAGCUGUUGUCCAUGUUGGACAUGGGAACCCUCUUCACAUUCAGGUAUCACGUCUGGACAAAAGGGCAUGCACCAACAAACUUUGCCAAGUGGAGAACAGCCACUACCCCAUAUCGAGUUGAGUGGGAAGCCGACUUUGAGCCAUAUGUCGUGGUAAGGCAGGACUGCCCAGAGUAUGAUCGGAGGUUUGUUGGAUUUGGCUGGAACAAAGUAGCUCACAUCAUGGAACUGGAUGCACAGGAGUAUGAAUUCACAGUACUGCCCAAUGCCUACAUGAUCCACAUGCCGCAUGCUCCUAGCUUCGACAUUACCAAAUUCCGCUCCAACAAGCAAUACCGUAUUUGUCUCAAGACCCUCAAGGAGGAGUUUCAACAGGAUAUGUCACGCCGCUAUGGAUUUGCAGCACUGAAAUAUCUCACGGCAGAGAACAAUAGCUAGCACCACUUGGACUGUAACAAAAAAAACUAAGACUGCAAGGAGGAGCCAUUUAAUCCGUGUGGCGCAGUUCAGUUCUGGAACUAAGAGACGCCUUUGGUUUUGUUUUCCUAAGCCACAUCAAGCAGUUCUAAUGGUAGAAUUUGGAACAAGUUGUCUCCAGACUGUGCCCCCAAGCCACCACCAAUCCUUUACUCCCAGGCCUUUGGUUUUAUUGCCUACAUAGUGUGAGUAAAUGGUGGGGGAAGAGUAGUGCCCACAUCCAUUGAUGGCUCACAGGGUGGUGGACAUGAAGGGGAAAGCAAAUGUUUAUUCUUAAAAUUGCACAGCAAAACCAGAUCUUCUGAAGUAUAGGCUUUCAUGUCAUUACUUAAAAAUUCCACAUCUUGUUUAAUCUCUGAAAGAAGAUCUCCAGACUGAAUUUUUUUUAAAAGGCCCCACAUAUUUGUUGUCCGCCUACAGAGGGACAAUUCUAGAGCAGGAUGAACCAGGUUUUUGCUGUCAAAUGAAAGGAAAGGUACAUCUAACAUACAGAAUGUUGUGGCUUGGUAUAUUAAGAACAUAACACAGUGUUACUGGUGCAGGCAUUUCUGUGGCAUCACUUGGUUGUUUCUCUCUACCGCCAAAAUAAGACACACCUUUCCUCAGAUUCCCCACUUUUGCCAUUUACUCUGGCCAUGUCCCGCCUUGUCAGCCUGACAUCCUUUUGCACUUCAUGUUCAUCCCCAGCUCUUUUAAUUCACCCAAGAAGAUCUUUGUUUUUACUGUGCACUGAAAGCACCUGUCAACUUAAGGUCUGCUUUUGCCUGAGAGUUUUGUUCAGGUGUCUCCAGUGCAACCAACGGCCAAAUUGGAGUUGUGGUUUUUUAAGUCAAUGUUCAGUAUUUGGCAUACAGAAGUCAUUUUUUCUAUUGAGGAAAAAUAACAGACUAAUGGCUGCUCUGCUACACACCCACCUGUGAAGGCCUUUGUGCCUUUGGCUGUUAUGUGGACAUCUGCAGUAACCGAGGAACUGAAACACAACCACUAGGCCUCAGUAGCAACAAGGUGCUACGGACUCUUGAGAACUCCUUCAAUAAAGGCAUUUAUUUAAAAAAGGAACAAAGCUAAAAGGAAUUAACUCCCCAUUUCAGUUGGGGGGAGAGAGAAUGUUUUGGGGAGUUGUUGUCGUGUUUGCUUGAAUGUGAACUGGUUCGGUUUACAGGCGGAGCAUAGACCUGGAGAAGAACAGAGAAAAAUACACAAAUCUGGACACUGGACAUUUUAUUAUUUUCGUUAUUUCUUCAGUAUUAAUGUUGUGUUUACAUGGAUGGAGGAGAUGAGGUUUAAUGCACUACCCUGAUUUAGGGCUACUUGUAUUUGGUUGCAAAUGUUAUUGAGAGAACAGGAUUUGAAUAAAUGAGAAACAUGUCUCUCUUCCUUCCCCCUAA